AGGAGGCUGGGAUCUUCCAAACGUCAGGCGCGUGAUGGACGGGCGGUCGCUGGGUCGCCAUCGACGGCUCCGAGUGUCUCGAGGCGGCCGGAGUGAGGGGAGGAAGGAGAGCGGCUGAACUAACAACACCCGCGGACCCCGCCAUGGCCGCCGGGCGGCCUCUCUGACCGAGCUGUGGGGGGAAUGGCCGUGACUCCGAUUCAGACAGACUGAGGGCAUUGCAAAAAGGCAGUGCUUAUUAACAAAUGGAGAAUUAUUUCCAGGCUGAGGCAUUUAACCUGGACAAGGUAUUGGAUGAAUUUGAACAGAAUGAGGAUGAGACAGAGUCUCCCAGUGUGUUUGAUGCAAAAUGGAAUCAGAUUUUGGAUCCACCUUCUCAUUUGAUGUCGUUGAAUCCAGCCUUGUCCAAUGAGAAUGAUGAAGCUUUUCCGAGUGAGACACAAACCAAGCUGAAGUGCUGCUCUUUAUCUCAGUCUGAGAAUGCAGUGAUUGGAGGAGGGGAUCACUGCCUGAAUGGAAAUGAUGCAGAAGAAGCUCCAGGGCCUGAUGUAGUGCAAUGGAUUAAUGACGAGUCUGUUUCCGAUGUUUGUACUAUUACUAAGAACAAUAAUUGUGAACAUUGGCUUAAUUCUGUUGAAUUGCCGGAGACGUCUGCUUGUGAAAAUGAGGCUGGUUUUUCUGAAGCUACAAAUGCUUCUUGUACCUUUGGGUUAUUUGUGCAGAAUUCUGACAAAGCAGUAUUCCAAUGUGCUGAGCUGUUGCAGCAGGACAGUCCAAACAGCCAAAAUGUACUGAAUGCUGACAGCUUUUUAGUAGAGAAUAUGAAUGGACAAAGUGGCCAGUUAUGUCCAAGCAUGAAUGGCCAAACCAAGAAGACGGUUACAAUUGAAAGUUCUGAGCCAACAAAUGCACUCUGUACAGAUGUGUCUGUAAAAUCUUCAUUUGAGAGUUUAAAGACCUGUUCCAGUUUGGAAAAUUCAUCUCUGGCUUCAGAAGAUUCUUGGAAGGCUGCAGAGGACGUAUUAGUAAUGCGUGAGCCAAACAUGGUGUCUGGAUCGGAUACUGCUGCUGACGUAGGUGAAACAAGUGAUUCAUUCUCCAGAAAAACUGAAGCAAAUGAUUCUGUUAUAAAACUGGAAGAUGAGUCCGUAACUCAAACUGAGAAUGAUACCAUUGUAAAAAGUGGAUGUGAAUCUGAUGAAUUAGAUGAAAAAGAAGACAUACUUCAAAUUCCUCCUAGGCCUGAGCUUCAAUUAAGAAAUACAAAUAAUCCUAGUUGUCUGGGUAGUACAGACAACUUUACUGAACUACAGUCAGUAAAUAUGACAUCUCAGAAACAACAGUAUGAAUAUUCAGAGUCGCUUUGUGUUGAGAGUAAGCCAAAUCUGACUUCAGUACAAUGUAACUCUUCAAGUAAUGGUAAUUGUCCCCAUUUAGAACUUGAGAUUGGUUCGGUAAGCAUAAGCAAUGAAUUGAUGGUUUGCCAAAAUACUGUUGAAGAUGACUCUACACUGUCUGUAAAGGGCUGCACUACUGAGGUAUGUCUUCAUACAAGUAAAAUACCAUCUCUCCAGUCUAAAGCAGUGCUUGAUGAUGAGCUAAGCCAGCAUUCAGGGCUAAGUGAUUGUCAAACAGUGGAAGAUUUAUUGGGUGGUGAGAUUGUUUUAGACCUGAACAAACCAGCAGCGGAAUGCUUGGCUCCUUGUGAAGAUUGGAUUGUGCAAUCGGAUACCUCAAGUGUUGAUGUGAAGGGUCAGGUGUCAGCAGCCUGCUCUUUGUGUGACAUGCUAGAUUCUGUACCCAGCUCAAGUUCAACCCAAGCCUGUGUUUCAAAAUUAUUGCCCUUAAAGGAAGAUUCAGUCACUGAAGAGAAAGAGAUUGAGGAAAGCAAGUCAGAAAGUUACAACUACAUUCAACAUAGGGGAAUUGAUGCAAUGGAAGCGGGAGUGGCUGAUGGUUUGACCAGAUUAACUAUGGCUACGGACAUUACUGAUCAGUUGAAGGACAAUUACUUUAAUACACCUAACUUGUCCUCUACAGGAACUUGCUCACCGGGAGAUGCGGCACUGCUGUCCCUAAAUAAUGCACAGCCUGUCAGUAUUCCAUUUGGAGGUGCUCGACCCAAACAACCUUUAAACCUGAAACUGCAGAUUCCAAAGCCUUUGACUAAUCAACUGCUGAAUGACUUGGGCUCAACCAACAGCGUAAACAAUGCAAAAAACAGCAAUGUAGGUUUUCCCAGUAAACUUGGCCUUGAGGAUUCUUCACUGGAUGCUACAAGGAGUGGUGUUUUGGUACCUGAGUGCAGUAGCAAAGGUGACGAGUUGGGUGUGUGUUAUGCUGGAGCUCCCAAAGAUUUAAGCUCAGGUUAUGCUGUGGGACCUGAAAGCCCAGAUAAUGACCUGCGAGCUGGACAGUUUUCAGGAUCUCUUAGAAAGCCAUUUACCACUCUGGGCGAUGUCGCUCCUGUGUGGGUACCAGAUUCCCAAGCUCCAAACUGCAUGAAGUGUGAGGCCAAGUUUACAUUCACAAAGAGGCGUCAUCACUGUAGAGCUUGUGGAAAGGUUUUCUGUGCAGCAUGUUGCAGUCUGAAGUGCAAGCUGAGCUACAUGGACAUGAAAGAGGCCCGUGUGUGUGUAACCUGUCAUUCUGUGCUUGCGAGUGCUCAAGCCUGGGAGAAUAUGUUUAGUGCCUCAGCUUCCAACCCAAACCCCAACAAUCCAGCUGAGUAUUGCUCUACUAUCCCACCACUGCAACAAGCUCAGGCGUCCGGGGCCCUGAGCUCUCCACCACCCACAGUCAUGGUACCGGUGGGAGUUCUCAAACACCCAGGCACAGAAGUGACCCAGCCCAGGGAGCAGCGACGAGUCUGGUUUGCUGAUGGAAUCUUACCUAAUGGAGAAGUUGCAGAUGCAGCAAAACUAUCAGGAAGUGGCCCUUCCCCCCCUGGGCCUCUGGCUGUGUCACAUGAACCUGGCAAGUCAGUCACGGCCAAGGCUGCAGCUUCCGAGACUUUGAGUACUUCAUCUUCUGCUGGGAGCACGACUCAGAUUGGUAGUCCUGUUGGAAGUGCAAUUAAUUUAGUCCCUGAAGAUGGACUCCCACCUAUUCUGAUCUCUACAGGUGUGAAAGGAGGAUUAUUUACUCUGGUACCAGAUUACGCAGUGGAGGAGCAGCCCUCACAGAUCUCAAUGAUGCAGCAGCUGGAGGAAGGGGGCCCAGAUCCUCUGGUUUUCGUGUUAAACGCCAACUUGCUUGUCAUGGUCAAACUAGUCAACUAUGUCAACAGGAAGUGUUGGUCCUUCACCACAAAGGGAAUGCACGCUGUGGGCCAGGCAGAGAUUGUCAUCCUCUUGCAGUGUUUACCUGAUGAGAAAUGCAUCCCCAAAGACGUCUUCAGUCACUUCAUACAGCUUUACCAGGAAGCACUGGCAGGUAAUGUGGUGGGAGACUUGGGUCAUUCCUUCUUUACCCAGAGUUUUCUUGGCAGCAGAGAACAUGGUGGCUUCCUGUAUGUUACUCCAACGUUCCAGUCGUUGCAGGACCUGGUCCUCCCCAGCCCCCCCUACGUGUUUGGCAUUCUCAUUCAGAAAUGGGAGACUCCUUGGGCUAAGGUUUUCCCCAUCCGGCUUAUGCUUCGCCUUGGAGCAGAAUACAGAUUUUAUCCGUGUCCGUUGUUUAGUGUGCGAUUCCGCAAGCCUCUGUUUGGGGAGACCGGCCACACCAUCAUGAACCUGCUUGCGGAUUUCAGGAAUUAUCAGUACAAACUGCCGGUGGUCCAAGGCCUUGUGGUGGACAUGGAAGUCAGGAAAACCUGCAUCAAGGUUCCCAGUAACCGAUACAAUCAGAUGAUGAAAGCAAUGAACAAAUCCAAUGAACAUGUGCUGGCGUUUGGAGCAUGCUUCAAUGAGAAGGCUGAUUCCCACUUGGUGUGUGUCCAAAAUGAUGAUGGGAACUACCAGACACAAGCCAUCAGUAUCCACAACCAGCCCAGAAAGGUAACGGGAGCCAAUUUUUUUGUGUUCAGUGGAGCUCUGAAGUCGUCUUCUGGUUACCUGGCCAAGUCCAGCAUUGUAGAAGAUGGUGUGAUGGUGCAAAUCUCAGCUGAAACGAUGGACUCUUUGCGACAGGCGCUACGGGAGAUGAAGGAUUUUACUAUAACCUGCGGUAAAAUUGAUGCAGAAGAACCACAGGAACAUGUUCACAUCCAGUGGACAGAAGACGACAAAAAUAUUAACAAAGGUGUUGUCAGUCCAAUUGAUGGAAAAUCCAUGGAUGAAAUUGCAAGUGUGAAGAUAUUUCAUGGAUCAGAAUUUAAAUCUAACGGCAAGGUCAUCAGAUGGACAGAGGUGUUCUUCCUUCAGAGCGAGGAUCAGCCGAAUAGUCUGAGUGACCCAGCUGAUCACAGCAAACUGACUGAGAAUGUGGCCAAGGCAUUCUGCAUGGCACUCUGUCCCCAUCUUAAACUGCUGAAAGAAGAUGGGAAGGCAAAGCUGGGUCUGCGUGUCACCCUGGAUUCAGACCAGGUUGGAUAUCAAGCUGGUAGCAACGGACAGCCCCUUCCUUCCCAAUACAUGAAUGACCUGGACACUGCUUUGGUCCCAGUGAUUCACAGUGGAGCUUGUCAGUUAAGUGAAGGGCCAGUGGUGAUGGAGCUCAACUUUUACAUCUUGGAGAGCUUCUCCUAAACCUGCAGAAACCCUUUCCAUAUCGCUGAUCGUGUGCAUUGCUAAGUGUGGCUAAAACAAAAACCAUUUGCACUUUAAACUGUUGAUAGAAAACCGGAACAGGUGUUUCAUUAUUGCUGGAUCUACUAUGCACCAUGGAACAGUGGUUAUUGUAAUACAGGUCAGGCUGCCUGCCUUUCCAUUACAAACUAAAUGUGGACUUGAUGGACUGAUACACUACUGAAGCAUGAAAGCAUUUUCAAAGAAAUUUCCUCUACUAGUUUACAUUGCCUGGAUUUUUGACAGCAUAUCAUUCUUGAGGAUUUGGAAACUUUGCAAGGUUGAGGAGAAUGAGAAUGCAUCCCUGGUUCCAGGGUCCUGUUCACACAACAGCCUGAGGACAGUAUAGAGAGAAGCAUAUGAUGACGCAGACACCCACUGACCUCAGUAUCACUACUUUCGUGACCGAAUCAGCAGCUAAUCUAUUUAGUUUGUAUAUAACGUAUCUGAUGUUUUUUCAAGCACUUAACCUAUGCCUUGUAAACCACAGAAUGGGAACAUUGUGGUGAUCUUUAGCCAUGUUAUAAUAGUGUAUAAACUCAUUAACCUAAAAGUAAAGGACUUUUUAAAUGAUUACUUGCUCAGCCAUACUGCAUUUCCUAUCAGCUGUAUUAACUACUUACUGGUGCACAGCACCUCAGGUAAUACUGUUUAUAUCAACAGAUUAGUGUUUAAAGCCUCUGUUAAAGGAAACUGCUUCUGAAUGUUUGUUGACAGUUUAUGUUUGAGGGAAGAGCUUUAGAAAAGGUAACCCUGGUGCUGGAAUGAAGCAGAAUCCUGGACAAAUUGAACUCCUGUAAGUAAAUGUAAAGUGGUUAUUUAAAAGCCAAAUACUCUGUAUAUUUGUUUUCUUUAUCCAUUAGGAACAUCUACAAUUCAAAGGAAUCUUAUUUAAAAAGCUGUAGUAUUACCAUUGACUUGAAGGAAGGUGGGUAUGUCUUGUUUGGCCUAUUUCCUUCAACUGUAUAUUACUUUCUAGACUGCAAGACAGUUAACUUGCAUAAGAAUCAUUGUACAUUUAGAUGAAAUGCUAUUUCAUUUCCUUUAGUUUUUCUAUUGGCAGUAGUCAAAUGUGCACUUUAGAAAACUGGUUAAAAUAAAUGGUUUCCUAAUAAAACCUCAUUGAAUAGCAUAUUAAGUAUUUCACUUUAAAUACACAACAGCAAUAAAAAUUAUUCUUGCA